UUCUCUUUACCCAUCCAAUCCUUUUUUCUUACGAACCUUCUCGUUUUGCUUCUGCUUUCUGAGGAGUUUAUUUUGGAGGGUUCCAGCAGAGAUUCGAAGGCAAGUGAAGGGAAGAUCGAAGGAGAGGCUUAGCUUCCACUAUGACCCUUUCAGCGACGCAAUCAACUUCGAUAAUGGCGAUUCCGACUUUUUCUGUUAAAAUCUAAAGCAACCACAGCAAGGGCAUUAGGUUCACAUUCCUCUAUUUUCUUUUUUCUUCUUCUUCUUCUUUCUUCUUUUUUUUUUUUUAGGUAAUCAGAACAGUAGUAAGAGUCCAUUCCAUAUGCUCUGUUACUGAAAAAUAGUUUGGACAGAUGGAAACCCAUCUCAGUAAUGUAGAAUCGGAGAUGGGUUUUCAAGCUUUCUUCACAAAUCUUCAAUCCUUUCUUUGUUUGAACAGAGAAAUGAGAUUCUAAGCUUGAAAACCGAUAUCCCUGGUUGUGAUGCAACAAUGUCGAGUGAUGGAUGAUGUGUUUCUGAGUGGAUGGAUUAGUCAUCUUUUGUUCUUAGCCUAUUUUGUAUACUAGCUUUCUGCAAUUUUGUUUAAGCUUUGAAAUUUUCUCUCGGCAGGAGAGAAGAGUUGCAGGAUAGUUCUGAUUUGUGGGAGAAAAUAGAGGAGAAAUCUCAGAUGGGUAAGGAGAGAAGCAUCGGGUAUGGGUUAGCAGUGAAGAUGGGUGGUUUUUUCUAGAGAAAGGAUGGUAGCCGUUAGAUGGUUUGUGUACACGUGUCAAACGUUCAGGUAGAUCGGGCAAGACACGGGCGAUUGUGGAAAAGGAGUGGAGCCCGAUCCAUACCAUGUGACGUUUGAAAAAAUAAUUGCCUCUGUGACGGUAAUAAUUUCCUUAAAAAAGUGAACGCAUGGGAAUGGUUUCCCACACCGGAAAGACGAUCUCUGCCUCCACUUUUCUUUUCCCGCCCUUUUCCCCUUCUCAUUUCGUUUUAUUCGUUAAGCACCGCGCAGGUAGGUGAAGAAACAGGACGAAGUAUGGGAGGGGAAAGUCCAGCAGAGAAAGCUUUAAUCCUCCUCCGGAGCAGACUCUGUAACCCUACUUACAUCCUCAAACAAUUCUCUGAUUCACCGGACAGCAACUACAGCAAAUUGAAGUUCACUUUAUCUAAUUCAAUCACCGAUGCCUGCAACAACUCAAUCUUACUUCUUGGUCCCCGUGGUUGUGGAAAAAACGCUGUGUUGGAGCUUGUUCUCAGCGAUUUACAGGUCGAACAUCCCGAUUUGAUAUCAGUGAUAAGAUUGAACGGGCUACUUCACAGUGAUGACAAUUGUGCAUUGAAGGAAAUUGCUAGACAAUUAUGUGUGGAGCAUCAGUUGUCGUUUUCAAAAAUGGCCUCUUCUGAUGAUAACUCGCACUUCAUGAUAGCCAUGUUGCGAGAGUGUGGACUAGCUCACAAGACAAUCAUAUUUGUCUUGGAUGAGUUCGAUCUCUUUACCCAGGGAAAGCAAAGGUUGCUCUACAGCUUGUUAGAUGCAUUGCAAUCUGUAACGUCACAAGCAGUACUUAUUGGUGUUAGUUGCCGCUUGGAUGCAGAUCAACUUUUAGAGAAGAGAGUACGAUCGCGUUUUUCACAUAGAAAGCUAUUGUUUCUUCCUCCCUCAAAUGUAUAUUUACUGAGAUUGAUGGGGGACAUAUUAUCACUGCCAACUGACUCAAGUUUACCAUAUGAAUAUGCUAUUGCAUACAAUGCCAAGCUUCAAAAUAUUUUAGGUGAUCCAAGAUUCACAGAAAUUAUUAAUAAAUUGUCAAAUGCCGAUUCUAGUCUUGAUCAUUUUGUGAGGUUUCUAUUUCGUGCAGUUUGUUAUAUGGAUCUGGAUUCUGGUUUCCUAUUCAUUGAGAACUUCAAGACUGCACUUUUGAGUAUCCAGAGGCAACCAAAACUUGAAAGUCUAAAAGAUUGUUCUGUUUUGGAACUCUACAUUCUUGUGUGCAUGAGGAGGUUGGAAGUUAAAGAGCAAAAAUCUUACAACUUUAAUUCUAUAAUGAAAGAAUAUAAAGGCAUACAUGAUUCGUUUCAAACCUCUGACUUUUAUGCACAGAAUAUUUGUUUACGGGCAUUUGAACACCUCAUAAAACGUGAUUUAAUCUGUUUUACGGACAACAGAGGACAGAGUCAGUCUGUCAAAUUUCGUCCGGUGAAGCUACUACUCUCUUCCCAUGAACUUUUUCAGGGGUUGAAAUCAAACAGUUCCUGCCCUGCCAUUCUUCAAAAAUUGAUUGAUCGUGAAAGUUAAACUACUGCAUGGACGAUGCAAGGUAGCUUAGCCAAUAGAGGUUGCAACAUCAAACACCAAAUCUGUUUCAAGUGGAAGAGAAAAUUAUAUUUUGGUAUCAUGGAAUUUCUUGUGGUUCUUUCAGUUGCCCCCCUCCCCAAACUCCCCUGCUUAAUUUGGUUAUUACAUCUGAUCAUGAAGUUUUUAUGUGGAAUGAAUUGGCAUUUUGAUGCAAAUUGCCACCAAUUUGAUUUUGGCAUCCAGGCCAAAGGCUGGAUUUUAUUCAUGAAAAUGUGUUUAGCUUCUCUUUCUGGUAAUUAGUGCCCCUGAAGACAUUUCUAAUCUAAUUUACGAAAGGGAAUCAGCUUUGCUCCACUGGUGGUUAAGGAACUUGCUACUACAGUAAUGCUUUCAGUUGGAGGAAAAAAGGGGGAGGGAUCCCGAUACAUUAUUGGAGCACAUGAGUGAGAUGGGCAAGGUAUCUGCGUACAACUUGCCACUCCCAGACCUUGCAGUAGUAGGAGCCUUGUGCAUUGGGUUGCUUUUUUUUUUCGACUGCCAAGUUUAUUGUAUUGCAGAUAAAAGGAGAUCUUGUCAUCCAGUUGCCUUGGAAGUUGAUUGUAUAUUUUCAUUGAGUCGAUGAGCCAUCUUCUAUGAUCUAAGUAAUUUUUAGGGAAAUUUACAUCACCCUUCGCUGUAUAUUGGUCCGAUUACACUUACCUUUGGAUUUUCAUUUAUUACAUUUUUCCCCGGAAGCAUAACACUUUUGUUGAUGAAAGACAUUUACGUGGAUCGUUUUUCUGUUUGUGAUUUGA